GAAGGAGGGGGAAAGGCUGGGCUUAAGCAACUUGCUACUGGGAUUUAAACAAAGGAGGUCUGAGAAAGGCGGAAUCAGUUUCUAAUAUCGGCAUGAGGAGCAAGCCAGCAGCUGGACUCCCGGGAUGAAACUGAACAAAUUCGUCAUGUCGCCUUCAGGGUAGGAAUGACUGGAGCAUGUGCCGAAAUAAGAACUUAGAGAAACAAGUAAGUUUGGAAAAAGACAGAUUUUGACGGUCUCUGACAUUUCGCCCUUCUUUGAGGCAUGCCUUCAUCGAUGCGUUACCUCUUUGUAGUUUCUGUCUCUAGUGUAAUCAUUUUUAUCGUGUUCUAUGUGUUCAAUUUUGGGGGAGAUCAGAGCUACCAGAGACUAAAUAUUUCAGACCCUUUGAUGCUGUCUCAAGUUUGCACAGCCUUCAUCAACGGGAAAACACCUUUCCUGUGGAAAAGCAAACUAAUAAUCCAUGAGAAGUCUUCUUGCAAGGAAUACUUGACCCAAAGCCACUACAUCACAGCCCCUUUAUCUAAAGAAGAAGUUGAAUUUCCUCUGGCAUAUAUAAUGGUCAUCCAUCACCAUUUCGACACCUUUGCAAGGCUCUUCAGGGCUAUUUACAUGCCCCAAAACAUCUACUGUGUUCAUGUGGAUGAAAAGGCGACAGUUGAAUUUAAAGACGCAGUGGAGCAAUUGCUGAACUGCUUCCCAAAUGCUUUCCUGGCUUCCAAGAUGGAGCCAGUUGUCUAUGGUGGGAUCUCCAGGCUCCAGGCUGACCUGAACUGCAUCAAAGAUCUUUCCGCCUCAGAGGUCUCGUGGAAGUAUGUCAUUAACACCUGUGGACAAGACUUCCCCCUGAAAACCAACAAGGAAAUUGUUCGGUAUCUGAAAGAAUUUAAAGGGAAGAAUAUUACCCCAGGGGUGCUGCCCCCAGCUCAUGCAAUUGGACGGACUAAAUAUGUCCACCGAGAGCACUUGAGCAAAGAACUUUCUUAUGUGAUAAGAACGACAGCACUGAAGCCGCCACCCCCCCACAAUCUCACCAUUUACUUUGGCUCUGCCUAUGUUGCUCUAUCAAGAGAGUUUGCCAACUUUAUCCUUCAUGACCCACGGGCUGUUGAUUUGCUCCAGUGGUCCAAGGACACCUUCAGUCCUGAUGAACAUUUCUGGGUGACACUCAAUAGGAUUCCAGGUAUGUGA